AUGGCCUCAUUGAUCUCGAGUACAAUAUGGAUCCGAAAGGGUGUAGCGGCUCAGUUCCCUCGAAGAUACGAUCUGAAUGAGCAAGAAAUGGAGCGAGUGACCCAAAUGGCCGGAGACAGACUAGAACAAGUCAAGCAGGAACUCGCACAGGCUCAAUUUGAGGAGGAGAAAGUUGACAUUGAUGAAAUGAUUGGAGGUGAAUCUGAUGACGAAGAUAACAAAAAAGAGGAGGAUGUAUCGGAUGACAAGAAAGUCGAAAAAAUUACAGAUGAACUAGCUGAGUAUGACUUAGAAACUUAUGAUCAAGAAACAACAAAAAGCGUCUCGAUGGGUGUCUUUAGUAAUGUCAAAGGAUUACAAUACUACGAUAACCCGAGUGAUGAUCCAUAUGUGACUCUUAACGACGUACAAGAUGACGAGCUUGAGCGAGAAGAAUUGGAGAUUUACCCUACGGACUCUGUUCUAGUCUCAGCUAAGACGCAGGAUGAUGUUUCACAGCUCGACGUAUACGUCUAUGACGCAUCAGAAGAGAAUUUCUAUAUUCAUCACGAUUUGCUUCUGCCUGCCAUGCCAUUAUGUCUCGAAUGGAUCGAUUUCACCCCAGCUGGUAUCCAUACCGAUGACCCCAACCGGAAAGGCAACUUUGUGGCUGUUGGUACCAUGGAUCCCGAAAUCGAAAUUUGGAGCUUGGAUGUGAUCGAUGGACUUUACCCUGACGCAAUCUUGGGCGCGACGAACCGACAGAAACAAGCUUCUAAGAAGAAGAAAAAGAAAAAGAAAGCCGCCAGUAAUUCGCUCACCGCUCCCACCAGUCUAAUAUCCCCUACGCAUCACACCUCCUCAAUUUUAUCACUUUCCCAUAAUCGGAUGGUUCGAAACCUUUUACUAUCAUCUUCCGCCGACACUACGGUGAAGCUCUGGGAUCUUAAUGUCGAGCCUAUGUCACCCGCCUCGACAUUUACGGCCAUCAGAAGUUUUGAUCUACACAAGGACAAGGUACAGUCUGCUCAGUGGAACCCGAAGCAACCAACGGUAGUCUUGAGUGGUGGUUGGGAUGGGUUGAUCAAGAUCUGGGAUAGUCGUAAUUGUACAGAAGGAGUAGGAGUGAAAGUCGAGUCAGAUGUCGAGUGUCUUCGUUGGGAUCCCUUUGAAGACUUUGUCUUCCUUGUCACUCUUGACAACGGUCUCAUCCAAUCCUACGACUCGCGCAUGUUACCCAAAUUUGGAAAUAAAGCUACUGAUGUUCAGGAUCGUAGCAAGGCACUCUGGACGCUCUCUGCUCAUGAUUCUUCGGUUUCGGCGUUGGACAUAAGUUCAACAAUUCCUGGAUUGAUGGUCACUGGUGGAGUGGACAAGAUGGUAAAGGUAUGGAAUAUUGAUCAAAAGGAGGGAAAGCCUAGCCUCAGUAUGGUCACGAGUCGAGACUUGGGAGUUGGGAAGGUAUUUUCAGUAAGCUUUUGUCCAGACGAACCAGCAACAAUUGCUGUAGCUGGAUCUAAAGCAUCGGUACAAAUCUGGGAUCUCACGACCAAUAAUGGAGUUCGAAGUGGAUUCCGUGAUCGACUAAAACAAUUUACAAAUUUUAAUGUUGAUGAAGAACGUACCGUCGGUAAAGGAGGAGUGAUCAGUGUUGCUGAUGAACCACAAUCUGAAGAAGAGUGA